UACUCCACAGUUUCUAAACUAAGAGUUCCUGUUCUGGAAGAAUAUAACUGUAGAUGUAAUUAGUUUAUUCAGAAUAUAAAGUCGGAAUAAAAGUUGCUCAAUUCAACUGGCCAAAAGUUUAUGUUUUAUGUCUCAAAACAAGUUUAAAAUGGAGUAUUUGGAGAAAAUAAAAACUUGUAGUGGGAGACGGAAAUUAAAGCCCAUUGUCUGUUUCUGGGGGAAGAUUUCCGUGGGAGACAUCCGGCGGAAAUAAACAACAUGGCGCUAGCAGCGUUAGCUAGCAGGCUUCUUCGUGGUUAUCGUCGACAUGAAGACGGUUUCUGACUAUUUCAGUGUCUGCAGCAACAAGCUCUUCGGUUCAUCAUCAGAGAGACCUGGAGAAAUAUCCAGCCACAUCCGGUAGGAGGAAGAGACGAUCUGCAGCUCAGAAACCCAAAUCUUCGGAACCUCCAGAUUUGCCACAUUAUGUUUGUUACUAAGCAAGAUUCUCAUCAUUUUAUACUCAACCAACAAGAGACUGCUGAUCUGGACCAGAGGGAAACAGAAUCUCUACAAACCACAGGAAGGGAAGAGGAACCAGAACCGACAGAACCCAAAGAAGAGUAUGGAUCAGAACUGCUGCAGUUUGUCAAGAAAGAAGAACUCGAGCAAGAAACACAUCCUGUAACAGGAGCAGAUGGAUAUGUAUCUUUUGAAAUAAAAGAAGAACCAGAGGAACUGAAACAGAUGGGGGAAGAUUAUCAUCAAUUGGAAUCUCAGCAGGUGGUGAAAACUGAGGUUGAAGACAUCAGUCAGUAUGAAAACAAGGCUGUACUGAAUCAGGAGACAGAUUCCUUAAAGAGAGGAAACUCUGCACCUGUUGGAAUCAAAGAGGAACCAGUAGAACUCAAACCUAAGCAAGUGAAGGAAGAGGAGCAUGGAUCAGGACCUGAGCAGAUGGUGAAGAUGGAGGCUGAACGCAUCCGUCUGGAUGAAGACCAGGAUGUUCAGAAGCAGGAGACUGCUGAUACAGACAACCAACUACAAGAACUAAAUGGAGACCAAAUCCUCCUUCAGAACUUCCCUAAAGCAGAAGAUCAUCAGGAAAUAAAUCUUCAUGAAGCCUCAGGAUCCAGGAGAGAUGAUCAGCAACACAAGAGAGCUCAGAAAACUAGAGGACAGAGGGACGAAGUAGAGGAAGGCAUGGAGGGCAGGGAAAUUCACAAAAGUAAAAAAUGCAAACAAUGUAAAGUGUGUGGGAAAAGUUUAAAAUGGAAUUGGUAUUUAACAAUUCACAUGAGAACUCACACAAGUGAGAAACCUUUCUCUUGUGUAACCUGUGGAAAAGCUUUCAGGCAAAAAUGUAGUUUGAGUCAACACAUGGUAGUUCAUUCAGAAGAGACGCUGUUUUCACAAAAACCUUUUCUACAUGUUAUAAAUGAAAAAGGUGAUUUAACUGACCACAUGAGGAAUUACACAGGGGAAAAACAUUUCUGUGGAAAAUCUUUCAGCCAAAGUCUUAAAUGGAUUGGACAUAGAAGUAGUCACUUUGGCAAGAAGCCUUUUCCAUGUAUUACAUGUGGGAAAAGUUUCAGUUACCAACAUAAUUUGACUGUACACACGAGGACUCACACAGGUGAGAAACCUUUCUCAUGUUUAACGUGUGGGAAACGUUUCCUUGAAAAGAGUAGGUUGAAUAGCCACGUGAGAGUUCACACAGAGAAGAAGCCAUUCCCUUGUCCAACCUGUGGAAAAGGUUUCAGGCAUAGUCUGAAAUGUAUUGGGCACUUAAGUAGUCACCCUGGUGAGAAACCGUUUCUAUGUAUGACAUGUGGGAAAGGUUUCCGUCGUAAAAGCAGUUUGAUUCGUCACACAAGAACUCACACAGGUGAGAAGCCUUUCUCAUGUCUAACCUGCGGAAAAAUUUUCAGUCAGGAACAUAAUUUGAAAUGCCACAUGAGGAGUCACACAGGUGAGAGGCCUUUCUCUUGUGUAACAUGUGGAAAAGGUUUUAGUACAAAAAAUAUCUUGACUGGUCACAUGAGAACUCACACAGGUGAAAAGCCUUUCUCAUGUGUAAAGUGUGGGAAAAGUUUCACUCGCAAACAUAAUUUGAAUAGUCACAUGAAAAUUCACCUUGGUGAGUUCUCAUGUGUAAACUGUGGAAAAGGUUUCAAUCAGAAAAUUUGUUUGAACCAGCACAUGAAAGCUAAUUCAGAACAGAAACCUUUCUCAUGUACAAGCUGUGAAAAAGGCAUCAACGACAAUGGUACUUUAACUUGCCAUAUAACAGCUCACACAGGAGAAAAACCCUUCUCUUGUAUAAAGUGUGAGAAGAGUUUCCGUUACAAACAUGUUUUGAAGGUCCACAUGAGAAUUCACACAGGUGAGAAGCCUUUCUCUUGUAUAACAUGUGGGAAGAGUUUCAGACACAAAAACUAUUUGAACAGCCACAUUAGAACUCACACAGGAGGGAAGCCUUUCACGUGUGGAACCUGUGGAAAAGAUUUUUAUGAAAAAAGUCAUUUAACGGACCACAUGAGAAGGCAUGACCUGAAAAAAAUGUUCCAUUGCAACACCUGUGGAAAAUAUUUCAGUGAAAGAGAUGAGUUAAUUGGACAUAUAGAAACACACACGUUUGAGAAGCCUUUUCCAUGUAUGACAUGUGGGAAAAGUUUUGGUCGUAAAAGUAAUUUGAAUCGUCACAUAAAAACUCACACAGAUUAGAAGAAUUUCUGAUCUAAAGCGGUGGAAAAAAUUUAGUUCCAGGAGUAGUUUAACUCAGUGGUCCCCAACCGUUUUAUUACCGCGGACUGGUCAAGACUUAGAAAUUUUCUCUGCAGCUCGCGGGGGGUG